GAUAGCAGUCUUGCGUGUGCAUGCGUAUUUAUGUAUAUAGAUACAAUUGGAUACAAUGGCGUUCGCUUCACUAAUGAAUGUCCAAUAUAUCUAAAUUUUAUGAAAAUCUUUACUAAUGUGGUUACUGCGGCCUGAACGUAGUAUUGAAUCUAUGAUUUUCACAAGGUGAUAGAGAAUUGUGCUUAGUUGGAUAGUGUCGCAUCAUAAUUAAUGACGUGGAUAUAGGUUAGGUUUGCACAUUUGCAAGUCUUUAUCCAAAUCUUACCGGGAAGUUAUCACUAGAGUAGUUUAGAAACUGAGUGCUGGGAAUAAAUUAUAAAUAAUGUUCGAAAUCACAGAUACACAGAAAAUUGGUGUGGGACUUGCUGGAUUUGGAAUAUCUUUUCUUUUCCUUGGAGUUUUGCUACUUUUUGAUAAGGGGUUACUCGCUAUCGGAAACAUACUAUUUAUAUCUGGGUUAGCUUGCGUUAUAGGACCAAAGAGAACCCUCAACUUCUUUUUCCAAAGGCACAAGAUAAAAGCCAGCAUUUCAUUUUUAGGAGGCAUUAUUGUUGUACUUAUGGGUUGGCCUAUUGUAGGCAUAAUUAUAGAGACAUAUGGUUUUGUGUUAUUAUUCAGCGGUUUCCUGCCAGUAGCGAUAAACUUUUUACGGAGGGUACCUAUCCUAGGUACCCUUUUAAAUAUGCCAGGUCUGAGUCGAAUUCUAGACAUGAUCGCAGGGGAUUCGAACAGAACGACCGGAGAAAAAAGAACAGUACUGGACUAAGACGAACGUGGAACGAGUGAGAUUAUUGGAAUAAAAUCGUGCCCACUUUUCUUUACUUAUCCAGUACGAUUCGCAUGGAAGAUUUUUCUUGCGGAAUGAAAUGAAUUUAUAUGAAUUAAAAUAGGUUUGGGUUAUAAAUAAAAUACUACAUGUAUGAAAUUUUAUCAUUUUUAUUGAUUCUGCUGUUUUUCUCGUAUGCAUCUUAACAUGAACAGAUCAGAUGCAUACACUCAAAGUAACGCUUCUCAUUAUCUUACACGUAGUUGUCAGUAGUGCGAAAUUAAAUUACUGUUCACAGAAACUCGAUGAACUUCGCUGAUAUCAUGAUCGUUUAUUAAUUAUCUACAACGGGCCGAGAAUAAGGGCGGGGGCGGCCCAUGUCUACGCGCCCCGCCAUCGCCGUAAUGUUAUUUCGUCGCACGUCCUCCUCUUGCUCAAAUGUAUGUAUACGUUCGUUUUUUCUUUUUUAGAUAAUUAUUUUUACUACAUAGCGUCUCAACCAUCGUCUACGUAGC